CCCUCCCCAGACCACUCACCGUCGUUGGUUGGGGUUGAAGCAACAUUUGCCGAAAUCAUUCUCCCUUUUAUUAGGCGCACCCGUGAGCCGCACUUGACAGGACGACGGGCCCUGUUCUAGAAGGUCCGUGGCAAGGGCCCUCAGGCACAUGAUGAGAGGCUAAAAUCAAGGGCGAACAAUUUUGGGAUACUCCUCCAGCCAACGACUCAAGCUGGAAGCAUUAUCCUGCUUCCUUUCUCUCAAUUGUUCUUCCACCGGCUCCCAUGCAGGUUCGCGACACAGUCCGGUGUACACGCGGGAUCCCGACAGCGUCCCCAGAGCAAGGAUCUAGAAUAGAUUUGGACCAGGGGCCACACGUCCCGCGGCAAUCAAGUUCAAGUACUUGAGGGACCCCCGACACUGCGGAAACAUGUUUGCACGCCCUUCACCUUCGCUGUUCCAGCGCCAUGACGAUUCGAAGUUCCCCUCCUUUCACGCUGUUGUCAUGAGAACGAGGAGAAGAAUGCGGUCGCGGCAGUUCGUUACGACUUUGAUUGCGUUGCUCACCUUCAUUGCCUUCUCGAUAUACUGCCUGCGGGCGCCCUCAAUCCCAACAAGUAUUAAGAAGCACAGUCCGAUACCCAAAGCACCGAAGCUGGCUUCUGCGCAGACUCCUGCUGCCGAUACUGCGAAGCCAGAGCCGUAUCACCUUGGCCAAAGCCACCCGAUAUGGCAACUGUCCAAGGACGCCGAGAGAAACUUCGAGGAAACAUUACAAAGGCAGUCGAAAUCUUUGGGGGAGGCAGUUAAAGAGUACCGACGGCGAUAUGGCAUACCCCCUCCGCCGAACUUUGAUAAGUGGUACAACUUUGCCAAAGCGAGGGGCGUUCAAUUGAUCGACGAGUAUGAUUCGAUCCACCAGUCCUUGACUCCCUUCUGGGGACUCAAGCCUUCGACAAUAAGGGGGCGGGCGCGAGAAGCACAGGGGUUUAAUAAUAAUCUGUUAAAUUUAAUGAUUAGGAAUGGGGAGGUCGCGAGGAUGCAAGGUGGGGGCGAAUGGCAGCAGGAGGCUACGCAAGGGAUGAUGAGGAAGUUUAUCCAAUAUUUACCGGAUAUGGACCUCUGCUUCAACAUCCACGACGAACCUCGCGUAAUUGUACCAUAUGACGACCUUACGAGACUGGUAGCCACUGCGAAGAAUGUUGCAAUGCCAGCGGCGAAUUCGGUUCCCAAUCCAAGGAACUCAUGGUCCCCUCGGCCCCCAGAUGUUAACGACGGAUCGUACAUUGUGGAAUACAAGACGACACGAUUCAACACGUUUGCCCAUCAGCCGACUUGGACACAUUCAAGGAUGUCAUGCCCACCAGACAGUCCUGCGAGGGCACUAGAAGAUGGUCCCAAGAAAGAUAACUUUGAGAGCUACGCCGUCGGUGAAUUGGGCUUUAUUUAUAACCAGACCGCAUUCUCAGACAUCUGCCAAUCGCCAUCUUUCAGCGAGACAUAUGGAUUCUUUGACCGCCCGAAUGCAUUCAAUAUUGUCCAUGACCUCUUCCCCAUCUUCUCCCAGUCCAAAAUAUCCUCCUAUUCCGACAUUCUCUAUCCAUCUCCAUGGUAUUGGUAUGGUAAGGUACCUUACGAAGAAGCAGCCGACAUGAACUGGACCGAGAAAGAAGACAAGAUGUACUGGAGAGGCUCUACAACCGGUGGUUUCAGUCGAGAUGGUGGAUGGAGACGUCAACACCGCCAGAGAGUCGUGACAAAAGUUAAUGCUGUUGACCGGGCAAAGAUCCUUAUAAAUCGAGGGGAGGAGUCUCAUGAGGACUGGCAGGUCAAGGAAGUGCCGCGAAGCGAUUUCAGAGAAAUCUUCGACAUCUUCUUCUCCUACAUCGGGCAAUGCGAUCCAGGAGAUUGCGACGCACAGCAUGAGUUCUUCGAUGUGAAAGAGGCUGCCAAGCAACAAGAUGCGUGGAAAUAUAAGUACCUGCUUGAUAUAGAUGGCAAUGCAUUCAGCGGGAGAUUCUACGCGUUUCUGAAGAGCAGGAGCUUAGUAUAUAAAUUGGCCAUCUUCAGAGAGUGGCAUGAGGAAUGGUUGAAACCAUGGGUGCAUUUCAUCCCAUUGAGUCUAAGAGGUGAUGAGUGGGUGGAGGCUGUAAGAUGGUUUGCGGGCGAAUCUUCGGGAAAAGCAGAGGCAGAACGGAUAGCGCUUCAGGGGAGAGAGUGGGCGGAUAAGGUGUUGAGGAAUGAGGAUUUAGAAGUCUGGUUCUUCAGACUAUUACUAGAGUAUGGUAGAGUGAUUGAUGACGAUAGGGAGAACAUAGGCUAUGCGGGGCCUUAGAAUCUGUAAUUUUUUGUAUGGAUGUAUUUUUUAUUGUAUGCAUUAUGAAGCGGCGAGCGUCUGCUCGCGCUUCUCAUGAGAUAUGGGACACAAGAUUGGAGUUACUGAGCAUAGUCUUGCAGGAUUGGAAACAUGUAUGUCCGAUAUACCCAGAGACCUAUUCGAAUUAUCAUUCGUAUACGAAUGUCUUAGCACAGUGCCGUCAUUCAAGCAGGAACUUGAUUUGCAGCGCUAUGAAUUUAAUACUGUC